AUGCUUCGUGUGUUUGCUUGUGUGUCGGGGCAGGAGCUGCUAGCUGUAAGCACGGAGAAGCUGGGCGAUGUCAAGACAUUGAAGUCUCGUCUACGCGAGCUGCAUGGCUUCCCGCUAUGCCUGCAGAGGCUCGUGAAGGAUGGACAGGUAUUGGACGACUCUUUGCAGCUUGAGGAGCCAUGGGACCUACAGCUGCUCUUGGCGUCCCUGACACCAGAGAAACAGGUCGAAGCCCGCAGCGAGCUGAGAGAUUUUGCUGCUUCGACGGGCAAUGUGGAUGUGGCACAGUUUCUGUUGAAUGCCGGAGUUUGCGAGAUGGAUACAGAUACAGAGAUGCCAGCGAUCACGGUAUCUCUGAUUCGUGCAGCUGAAUGUGGACACACUGCGGUUGCAAUGUUGCUGCUGGAUGGGGCCGAUAGAGACGCUAAACACGAGGCUUUGGUUGCCGCAUGCAAAAACGGCCAUGCAGAGACUGCACAGAGGCUACUUGAGGCUAUCAACUGCGAAGAGUCCGAUCCUUCAGAGAUGUAUUUCAUGUCUGAGGCUUUCCUUUGCGCAGCACAUCGCGGUCAUCUUGAGGCUAUGCAGGUGUUGCUGGAAGGCCGUGCCGAUCUGGCUGAUCAUUGUGACGCAGGUCUUCUUGGUGCAUCAAGCCAUGGCCACGGCGAGGUAGUGAAGUUGCUCUUGGGUCGUGGUGCCUGUAAGGAUGUGCUAGGCCAGAGUGGCUUGACAGGUCUGAUGUCCGCAGCUGCCAAUGGCCACCCGGCUGUCGUGCGAGUGCUGGUUGACGUUGGCGCCGACACCAGUGUGCAGGACAGCUAUGGCUGCACUGCCCUUCUCCUUGCCUCGGGUGCGAGCAAAACAGUGAAGUUGUCGAACGGCCGGGCGGUUCUUGUUACUAACCCAGGCCACACCGAGAGCGUGCGACUAUUGCUGGAAGCUGGCGCUGACAAGGAUAAACGGGAUGGACAGGGACGCACCGCGCUCAUCGAGGCAUCUUUGGGGAAUCAUGCCGAGAUUGCCCAGUUGCUUCUGGAAGCUAGGGCUGACGUGCAUGCGCUGGACAACUUCGGAAGAACGGCGCUUCACUGUGCAUCGAGCUGCGGCUACAUGGCCAUCGUGGACUCGCUUUUGGAGGCGGGAGGGACCGCGGAGAAAAAUUCUGGCCGUGCAGACUGUCAAGACUGGCUUGCUUCUUCACUACCGUCGCCAACAGGAUCCAAGUACCCUGUAGAGCGGCCUCAUAUGGGACUUUCCGAAAAUUAG